CAUCAAUUAAAAUAUAAAAAUAAGAGAAAGAACACUGCACAUAAGGACUGAUGUCCUAGAAUUAUUUAAUUUCAGUUUUUUUUUCAAAACUAGGAGAAUGAGAUCUGUAGGUAGUUUCUAAUAUAAUUCUUUUUCAACAUUAUUUUCUCGACUAAUAAAUACAUGUCAUCAGCUAAGUGAAAUUAAGUCAAGUAAAUUUCCAUUCCUGUGUUUUAUUAUUUCAACUAAUUAACUCUCUUUCCAUAGAAUACUUCAGCCCGUUAAGAUGGUUGGGUACCUCUCUCUCUCUAUAUAUAUAUAUAUAUGGAUGAUGAGCCAAUAUAUAACAUACAACUCAUCCAACAUUAGUAUUUGAAUCUCUGCUUCUCUUCCAUUAUAGUUGAUUUGGGUGAAAAUGAUGGGUCUGUUUUCAUGGCUCUACUCUCUCAUCAUUCUCUUCUUUUUCUUCUUUGUUACUUCUUUGUCUUCUCCUUCUCCACCUCCAUUGUGCCAUCCCCAUGAAAGCUCUGCUUUGCUCCACUUUAAGAACUCUUUCACCUUUUAUAACGAUACAUGGUUCUGUAUGGUGGCCUAUGGGAUUAAUAAUCCUAAUAAUACAAUUUCAUGGAACAAAAACAUGGAUUGCUGCAGAUGGAGUGGAGUCACAUGUGAUGAGGUCACAGCUCAUGUCAUCCGUCUUGACCUUACAUGCAGUGGCCUUCAAGGCAUUCUUCACUCCAACAACACUCUUUUCUCUCUUGCUCAUCUCCAAUCUCUUAUUCUCUCUCACAAUUUUUUUUAUGAUUCCCAAAUUUCAUCUAAAUUUGGUAAGUUUUCAAAAAUGGUUCACCUUGACCUUUCUGACUCAGGUUUCACUGGCCAUGCCCCUCUCCAAUUGUCUCAAUUGUCCAACUUGGUUACACUUGACUUGAGUUGGAAUGAUGGUUUGAAACUAGAGACAUCUAGCUGGAAAAGAACUAUAGCAAACCUAACAAGUCUCAGAGAAUUGUUUCUUAGUGAUGUCAAUAUGUCUUCUACUUCACCUGAUUCCUUUAUGAAUCUGUCAACUUCUUUGACAUCUCUUGAUCUUAGUAGGAGUCAAUUGCAGGGGAAACUUCCAGAAAAUGUUCUCAGUUUGCCAAACCUUCAACAACUUGAUUUGAGUUCCAACUCAUAUCUCAAUGGUUCUUUUCCACAAUAUAAUUGGAGCAGCCCACUUAAAGUAUUGAAUCUUUCUCGAUCUGAAGUCAUGAUAGAUCUACCUCAUCUUUGUAGAAAGUUGAAGUAUUUACACAUUUUGUCUCUAUGGAAUUACAAUUUCUUAAAACUUUCUCCCACAUUGCUUGACAACUGCACACAAAUCACUUCCUUAGACCUUUCUUUUAAUAAGUUUGGUGGUUAUAUCCCAUGGUCCUCCAUUUUAAAUCUACAACAAUUAACCCGUUUGUAUCUUUCAGGGAAUAAUUUCGUAGGUCCAAUUCCACAAAUUUGUAGUAACUCAACAAAAAAUUCAUUUUCGUGUGUCUCUUCAAAACAUCAAUUAGUGGGUUCUCCUCCAUUGAAUUUAAAAUAUCUAGAUUUAUUUAUGAAUGAGCUUAAUGGGACAAUACCAUCUUGGUUAUAUUCCCUUCCAUCUUUACAAUAUUUAGAUCUAAGUUCCAACAAAUUCAGUGGUAGCAUUCAGGAAUUCCAACAUAAUUCUUUGGUAUCUCUUUCUUUAUAUUCUAAUAACUUACAAGGCUCUUUCCCAAGAUCAAUUUUUCAGCAAGUCAAUCUCUCGUUUUUGUAUCUUUUCUCAAAUAACUUGAGUGGUGUUGUGCAAUUUGAUCAAUUUUCAAAGUUAAAAAAUCUCCAACAUCUUUCUCUUUCUGAUAAUAGCUUAUCAUUGAUAUCUAACAGUAAAAAUAAUGAUACUUUGCCCAAUACUCUUUUUGAUUUAUAUUUGUCUUCAUGUGGUAUAAGUGAGUUCCCGUACUCCUUAAGAAGCUUAGAAAAUUUAAGAGACUUGGAUCUCUCCAACAAUCAAAUUGAAGGCAGUGUUCCCCAAUGGCUGUGGAAUAUGGGUAAGGAUUCAUUGCAUUUCCUAGAUAUUUCUCACAACUCUUUAACGCAAAUAGAUCAGAUUCCAUGGAAUAAUCUAGAAUACAUUAACCUCCGCUCCAACCGACUUCAAGGUCAUCUUCCAAUUCCACCACCAUAUACGAUGUAUUUUUCAAUCUCAAACAAUACAUUGGAUGGGGAAAUAUCACAUCUGAUUUGCAAUCUCAGUUUGCUUGAAGUCCUUGAUUUGUCAAAUAACAAUUUGAGUGGGAACAUUCCUCCAUGCUUAGGAAAUUCAAGUCUCUCUGUGCUAGAUUUGCACAAGAAUAAGCUUCAUGGCAUCAUUCCUUCACAUUUUGCAAAGGGAAACCAACUAUCAGUUUUGAAUCUCAACGAAAAUCAAUUGGAAGGGUCAUUACCAAAGUCUUUGUUCAAUUGUAAAGAGCUGGAAUUUUUAGAUAUUGGAAACAACAAGAUAAAUGGAUCAUUUCCCUGGUGGUUGGAAUCUCUUCCGAAUCUCCAAGUUCUUAUCUUGAGAUCUAAUAGAUUUCAAGGUCCAAUAGGCAAUCCCAAGGUGAGACAUCCCUUUCACAAUUUGAGAAUUAUGGAUCUCUCUGGCAAUGAAUUCACUGAUCAUUUGCCCCAAAAAUAUUUUAAGAAUUUUGUGGGAAUGGUGAAUGCUACUUCAGAUUACUUGAGAUACAUGAAAAAACUUUCACCUGGUGGUAACUAUUAUGAAAUCAGCUCAUUGACAAUAAAAGGAUAUUAUGCUGAGUUGGAGAAAAUCCAAACCAUGCUUAUAGUCAUUGACUUCUCAAGAAAUAACUUCACAGGAGAGAUCCCAGAAUUGCUUGGUAAGCUCAACUCACUCAAAGGGCUCAAUUUUUCACAUAACAAGAUCUCUGGUAGUAUUCCACCAUCUUUGGGAAAUCUGACCAAUCUGGAAUGGUUAGAUCUCUCCUCAAACAAGCUUGUGGGGAAGAUUCCAUGGCAAUUGGCAGCAAAUCUAAAUCAACUCCAAUUUUUAAAUCUUUCUGUGAACCAAUUGGAGGGGCUUAUACCUCGCAGUCGACAAUUUGAUACAUUCACAAACGAUUCAUACAAAGAGAAUUUGGGCUUAUGUGGGUUUCCAAUUUCAGAAUCAUGCAACAAGAACACCACACCCCAAUUUCAGCAAGAAGACGAUGAGGAGCAUGUGAAUGGAUUUUAUUGGAAAAUUGUGUUAAUGGGAUUUAGAAGUGGAAUGGUUAUUGGAAUUUCGGUGGGAUACAUGUUCCUUUCAGAUAAAAUUAUUGAUGGACUUGUCAAAACAGUGAAAGGAGAACAAUAACAUCUUUUGGCAAAAAGAUCAAAGCAGAGCGAGGCUCAUCAAAAUGUUGGAAAUUGAGAGAAGAGAUUAGUUUACAUUUUUAGUCUAUUGUGUUUCAUUUUGUUUAAAUGUAUGUUGUUUGUUAUUGUAGCUCGUUAUUAUGUAAGUUAUUUUUAAAUGAAUUUUAGUCAACUUUACAAAAACUAUGUUGUUUAAAUGAACUUUUUUUUUUUUUGUUUCAUUUUUCUCUAUACACU